CAAAAGCAUUUGGCGUGGGUAGCCCACAUUCUAUGUUCCUUCUCUGCAUGUUGACAAAAGUUGAAGCCCUCAAACUCCAUAUUAUGACAUGAAGACAUCAAUUGUAACACAUAUCUUAAGCUUGAAAAUAUAUAACUAGGCCACAAUGGGCAUCAGCCAUUUGCAAGAUCCACUAAAGGAGCUGCUGCUUCAAUGUGCUAGUGAAGAUCAAGAAAAAUGUUAUAAAAGCUCUUACUUUGAAAUGUUUAGAAUGGAUGACCUACCACAAGAGGCAUAUUCUUCACCACAGCCAGACCACAUGCCUCUGUCAAAAAGAUUACUUUCCAACAAGGCUGCCAAUGAAUAUAAAGCCUUUGGGGUGUACAGACAGGGUGCUCUGAUGGCAACUAUAGUUGCAAGAUGGACACCAAAGACCAUGUUAAAGCAGUAUGAUAAGAAAUCAGUUCUUCAAGAGUUCACAAAAUUUGGAGAGAUUGAAUCAGUGACCCCUUUUGGAAGGCAAACAGUUGUUGUCAUAUUCAAAGAGUUCCGCUCUGCAUGCAAAGCGAUAAGUGCUUUUCCACCUAAUGGUCCAGAAAGAAGUAUGCAGUGUUUUUGGUACCACAGAUUCAUGUCUAAAUAUGAGACAACAAAAUUCCGAAAGACUAGAAACUCUGCAACAUUAGUAGCCUUCUGA